AAGGUGAUACAUAAAAAGUACUUAUUUCCUUUUUUGUGUGACUUUAAUAGUGUAAUGGUGUCUAUCAUUUUCAGUGCAGAAAUAGUGUCAGCAGUUGUAGUUGUGGGUGGCGCACAGCCCAGAUACUGUACACAGGGCUCGCCUUCUCCUUUCCUUACGUCCUCAUUCACUCCAGCCGCGCGGUCCGAUAAGGAUUUUCCAUGGCGAAACUCUCUCCCUUUCCACUUUUCCACCUUCUGCUGUUAUCUUAUUUCCUGACUGAGUCACAUGCGACUCAAGAUGACCUCGAAAUUGAUACAGGCCAUGGGAAAGUUCGAGGGAAGUUGCUUUCUGUGCUCGGUGGUAAUGUAAGAGCAUUUUUAGGAAUCCCGUAUGGGAAACCACCUUUGGGUAAACUGAGAUUCAGUGCUCCAGAGCCGGUUGACAGCUGGAAAGGAGUGAGAGAUGCAACUCAAUUCCCAAAUUCCUGCUACCAGCUGCCAGAUACAACAUUCCCAGGGUUCGAAGGUUCUGAGAUGUGGAACCCAAACACUCCUUUAAGUGAAGACUGUCUUUACCUGAACGUCUGGUCCCCGCGUCUCAACCAAACCCAGCCCAAGCCCUCAGCACUGGCUCCGGUCCUAGUCUGGAUCUAUGGAGGCGGGUUCAGUCAAGGAACAUCCUCUCUGGACAUUUAUGAUGGUCGCUUCUUGAGUAAAUCGGAAGAUGUUGUUGUUGUAUCAAUGAAUUACAGAGUCGGAGCUUUUGGUUUCCUCUCUAUUCCUGAUGACAAGAACAUCAAGGGCAACGCAGGCCUGCUGGACCAGCGCUUGGCCCUCCACUGGGUGGCCAAAAAUAUAGUUGCUUUUGGAGGGGAUUCUUCAAAGGUGACUCUCUUUGGGGAGAGCGCUGGGUCAGCAUCUGUGGGCUUCCACCUGCUCUCUCCAGGGAGCCAUGGUCUUUUUCAAAAGGCUGUGUUGCAGAGUGGCUCCCCAAAUGCACCCUGGGCUACAAUCAGCCAGAAAGAGAGCUGGCACAGGUCUAUGAAGCUGGCAGCACUGCUGGGUUGUCCCCAAUCUCCUCCAUCUGAUAUGAAAGAUUGUCUGCUGCAGGCUGAUCCACGGAAAAUCUCAUCGAAGCAAUAUGAUGUUGUUGUUCAGCCUACAAUCAUAACCGCACCCUUCGUCCCUCAUGUUGAUGGGGACUUCCUACCAGAUGAAGUUGAAGUGUUGCUUAGUACUGGCACAAUUCCGAAGAAAGAUGUGCUGUUUGGCUUAAACAAGGACGAAGGGACCUACUUCCUAGUUUAUGGAAUACCUGGGUUCAACAUCACUGGUCAGAGUCUCAUCACCAGAAAUGAGUUCCUGAGAGGAGUGCCAAUUACAAUGCCACAUGCAAGCGAUGUCACGAGGGAUGGGGCCGUGUUCCAAUACACUGAUUGGACAAAUGAGAAUAACAGAAUGUCGAAUCGUGACUCUCUGGGUAGUCUGGUUGGAGACCAACACUUUGUUUGUCCUGUCCUAGAGUUUGCUCAGAGGUACUCCCAACGUGGUGGUAAGACUUUCCUUUAUUUAUUUGACCACCGGUCGUCCGUCAAUCCUUGGCCAGAGUGGAUGGGCGUUAUGCACGCAGAUGAGCUGGAUUUCGUCUUUGGAAUGCCUCUGAAUGCAUCCCGGGGGUACACAAAGAAUGAAGUGAACAUGACAAAGAAGUUUAUGAAACACUGGGCCAACUUUGCCCGGACCGGGAAUCCAGGCAUUGAUGGAAAUGCCUGGCCCGUGUUCGUCCCUGAACGGCAGGAGUAUGUCACUCUGAACUACAACCACCACCAACAAAAGAAGAUGAUGAGAGCCAAAGAGUGUCACCUCUGGAACACAUUCAUCCCAAAAGUACAGAAAGUCUCAGAUGAUCUGCUGUCUUGUGUGGAAGCAGAUGGGAUUAUACUCCACUGCAACUACACCCUCCUCCUCAUUCUAUUAGUAAUACAUUUAACCUAUUAAUAUAGGGAAGAUACUUGCCUUCUGUACAGACGUAAUCAACUGUUUACAUAAAACAGAGAUGUUAAGAUUAUGGAAUACUUUCAUAUUAAGAAUUUGUAUUCUUUGAGGUGUGGAAGAAAUGCUCCUACUUUUUGAAACUUUUCUUUCAAUAACCAGCAUUCACAGUAAUUGUUCAAUUAUGAGAUGUAGCUCUUCACAUAUUGUGGUAAAGCAACAUGACGGAUCAAGCUGUACCAUUUCUUCUGCAGGCAUUGGUGCUGCACAAUGCCCAACAAUCAAAUAGUGGUUUAAGUUAUGACCAUACUUGCCAACCUUGAGACCUCAGAAUUAGGGAGAUAUUCAAAAGGACGGGGGGGAGUGAUAGCGGUCGACG